UUGGAUGGUUUGGGGGUCUCUCUAAUUUCUUUGGGUUUUAGCUUUUGUUCUGUGUGAUUUUAAGGUGAUUGAAAAUGUCGGGGCGUGGAAAGGGAGGGAAGGGAUUGGGGAAGGGGGGAGCGAAACGGCACCGUAAGGUCCUGCGUGACAACAUCCAGGGAAUCACCAAGCCGGCGAUUCGCCGAUUGGCUCGCAGGGGCGGUGUGAAGCGGAUCAGCGGUCUGAUCUACGAGGAGACACGUGGCGUCCUCAAGAUCUUCCUGGAGAACGUGAUUCGCGAUGCUGUGACCUACACGGAGCACGCUAGGAGGAAGACCGUGACGGCCAUGGACGUCGUCUACGCGCUCAAGAGGCAGGGCAGGACUCUGUACGGGUUCGGGGGUUAGGGUUUAUGCUGUGAAAAGUCUUGCUGUCAAGAAAACUUGGAUGGGUAGCUUUGUUUUAGGGUUUUUUUUUAUUAUUAUUUUGUUCUAGUUGUGGUAGUUGGCUUUCCUUGUAAUUCCACCUCUGAAUUGCAACAUUAAAAGAUUUAAUGGAAAAGUUAAGUUUUGUUAGCUUCUUCAA